GGGUCGGUAGCUAACGGGCAAACGGUAGCAGCGGAAGAGUGGUCAGGAAUAGCCGAGGUCAGGACAGGCGGAGUUCGUUCAGAGUCAGGAUCAAAGCAGAAUCAGGAUCAGGCAGGAAGCAGACAGGAUGCAGGUACAGGGGCUCAUGGAAAACAUACACCAAGGCACUUAUCACAGGCCUGGUCCUGCUUAAAUACACCUUCUGCAAUCAGCCUCAGGUGAUGGCCUGAUUGCAGGAGUGAGAUUCUGGCUGCUGAGAGCACCCACUGGCCAGCCUUGGUACUGCAGCCCACAAGGCAGGUGAGUCCCACCACCAUUGGCGAGUCCAUUCCUGACAUUCUGCUUGUAAGCAUUGGUUAGUGGUGGCCGAAUAGAAGGUUUAUGCACAGUUGCAAGA